CUCGCCCGUACGCACGUCCGUCCGCUCGCAGGUGAACGAUUGAGCGUGAUUGAGAUUUUACGGGAGUUUAUCUCGUCGCACGCACGUUGAACACAUUACGUUGAGUGGCACAUUUUCACCGUGAUUCCAGACGAAGAAAAAAGGGGAAGAGAAAUACAUUUCCGAAUUCGAAUCCGAAUAGAAAAGAAGAUACAGAAGGCUUGUCACGAAGUAAGAACCACAGUGAAUGGAGUGUGCUGCAAGUGGUGUUGUGUUGUUGAGCGUGGUUCUGGAAGAGUGGAAAGCUGCACGUGGAUGUUAGAGGGUGCACAAGUGGUGAGAGAUCGUGGUUCGAUCGAUGAUCUGUUCUCCUGCGGAGUCUUGGUGACCGAACUGUGCAAUGUGCCGUGCCGAAUCAUCCGUCAUUUAGUGUGAUAUGUCGGUAGGAAGUAGCUAGAUGGGAGUCGAUCACGUGACUGCCUGACGGAUCCGCUUACGUUACCUAACAAUCGAACGCUACUUUGUCUGGGAGGCUCGAGAGGUGGAGUGUUCCAUUUCUAAAUAUUAUUUGUGCCGUGUCAGUGAAAGAAAGCUGGAAAGAGAGAGAGAGAGAGAGUGAGAGAUAGUGAGUGUGUGUUCUGUGCGCAUCAUCAGUUGAGGUCCGUUUUGUGAGAUCUUCAUGCUAAAAUCAUCAGGAAUGACUGUAACUCCGGUACGAAUGGCGAUGACCAGCCCGACGGUGCCCAUGCAGCAGCAGAAAAGCAACUCUCGGAUCAGCAACUUCAGCGUGGCCUCGUUGCUAGCGGAUACGCGACCAAAGACGCCCAGCAGCCAGCAUGCCAUCAUCACCACCUCCAUCGCGGCGACCACGCCAACGUCGACACACACCCCGCACAUGCCCCCGGCCCACGGACACGGACCGCACGGGGGGCUACUGGGUGCCACGAUGACGACGACCACGAUGACCCCGCUAACGACACCGCCAGCGACACUGCCCGGGAGGUCACCCGAAAUAAUCCGUGACCUGCUACCGGCCAACCUGUCCUCCCAGACCAGCUCAUCGUCCCCGCGCUCCCAACACGAUGCCAGCUCACUCAAGAAUGUCGACGCGGACCGGGCGGACACGCCACACAGUCUGCUCGACUGUUCCGACGAUUACGAUUCGAACCACGACGAGGAGGAGGACUCGAUCGUCGAUAUCGAGGAUAUGGACCAGCACGACCAUGACCUGAGUGAAAGCGGAUCCCAUCGGGGCCGCAAGGGUAGCGGAUCGCCCGGAUCACCGUCGGCCCUGGGACUCGGAUCGCACGGUUCUCCACAGGCGGCACUGGCCGCGGCCGCCGCCGCCGCCGGUGGUCAUGUGCCGAUCCGACCGACGCCCUUCAGUGCCCUGGCAGCGGCGGCCGCUGCCUGGGGUGGCAUGGCCGGCGGUGGCGUUCCUUGGCCCGGUGCCCGCCAAAUGCCCCCCUUCGGUCCACCCGGCCUCUUCCCUGGCCAAGGCUUCGGUGCUGGUCAACUAGGUGGAGAUAAUGAGCCGCCUCGUAUCAAGUGCAACCUGCGGAAACACAAACCGAACCGGAAGCCUCGCACGCCCUUCACCACCCAGCAGCUGCUGUCACUCGAGAAGAAGUUUCGCGAGAAGCAAUACCUAAGCAUAGCGGAGCGGGCCGAGUUCAGUUCGUCACUUCGGUUGACCGAGACGCAAGUCAAAAUAUGGUUCCAAAACCGGCGCGCCAAGGCGAAGCGACUGCAGGAAGCUGAGCUGGAGAAGAUCAAGAUGGCGGCUCUCGGUCGGGCACCCGGUGCCCAGCUGUACAUGGGCUACUUCCAUCCCAGCCUGAUGGGUGGUGCGAUGCAUCUUGGGUAGGGCUCCAGCAGUGUGGCCAGCGCCAGAUCGCUGAGUCUACCACCCCACCCACCACCACCACAACCACCAUCAUCACCAUCACCACCAACCAACAUAAACCAACAACCUACCAACCAAUCAACCAUUGUGAAUACUAGCAUUUAAGUGUCUUGCCCUACACGACUGUUAUCGUACUCCUUAAGAUCAGUCCCGUGAGGUUACGUUUACGUAUUUAUUGUUUUAAUUUCCCUCCCAACGAACGAUGCCGUCUGCCCAAUGUUUACUCAAGCCCCUCUUCAGGAAUCUUCACGCCCUCCCAUCAAAGAGAUGAGGCAAAGUGAGAAGAGUUAAAUUUUAUUUAUUCCCAAACGCCUCUCCGACACACCGAUGCCGACGGAAACGAUGGCCCGGGACCGAGCUGGCUAAUAUUUUUGUAAAUAUCAAUCAGUUUUAUGAUGUGCGAUGACGUUUGGCCACCCCCCCCCCCCCC